GUGCCAGUGAAAGGCUGACCGCUUGGGCUUGUCACUGGAGAUUCUUCGUUGUCGUUGCAUAUCUGCCCUCGUUGCAUCUCAAAGGGCAACCCAUUUUCCAUCAGCUGCCCCCUCAGCCAUCUUGGAGUCUGCGCUGUUGCCAUCGUCAUCAUCGUUGGCAUUCUUAAUUCUUCUUGCGUACUUUGGAAUCUGGACAAUCUUGACUAAAUCCAGAGACUUGGCCAUCGCUGCCUCUUUGCCUCGUUUACCCGCUCUACGCCCUCAGCACGUCCUUAAGUAAUCCGCAUCAUUACCCUCACCCUCGAACAAUACCUUGACGAACAGAACAACUUGUUGUACUACCCAGCGUCACAUUAAAUCCAUCAAAUCCAUUUUAUCGCUUAUCAACAGCCAUCAUGAGCAACAUCGACAACAACCAUAAUGCAUCCAGUGAGGAGGAGUGGAAACCCAAUAACCGACCUCAGUCGGUCAUCGCACUUGAAUUCUCCGCAGCUCUGGACGACUUAUUCAAGCUGAACGGUGUUGGUGCUUUGGAAGAAUCUGUUGAACACAAAAAGGAUGAAGUCCAUUUCCAGCAAUAUGAACUCGAAGACCUAGACGCACGCCUGCGCGAAACCAGUGAGCGCCUGCGCCGAUUGCAAGCUACCAGUCCUCGGUCCCCUCGUCAUCCCCAGAUCCAACAGCAAAGGCAACCCGUCUCAGCACAAUAUAAUACUGGAGAGUCCACCACCGACGAUGACAGCAGUGGAGAUAGUGACGAGCAGGGCCAUUCACCGCAAGGGGAACGCAACUCCAGAUGAAGGCCCCCUAACCCGCCCAAGCUUGGAUAACAGGGACCUCUUCUGUGAAGAUCUCGCAUUCUUUACCAUCAGAGGGAUCAACGUUUUCUGAAUCCUCAAUCCUCUUAUACGACUAUGACCGGACCAUUUUACGGUCACCUUGAUCCCAACACCCUCAUAACGAGGGUUAAGAUAUCACUGGAGUGGGGCUGGAGCCGACGCCUGGGACUGCAUUUGGCAUUGGCCUUCUUUAUAGCUGGCAUCUUUAUCGGGUCGUUUGAUGUUUGCUUUAGAUACCCUCAAAUUGGAUAACACAUACCUACAUACACUUAAUGAAUAUCGUUGACCUUCGGUCUCACCC